GAUACAUCAAACUCGUGUAAACAGGGAUUGCAAUAAUAACUAUCAUUUAAUAAUGAAAUAAUGACUAUCUUUUUUUCAUACCAGUGAAAAUAUUUUCAAAAAAACAAAACGGUGUAUAAAAGCAAAAUAACGAAUACGCGAAGGAGGUAAAAGCCCAGAUAUGCUCAAGCCGAGAGAGCGACAACUGUAGUGUUUUGAACAUAGCAGCUAGCAGCUAGCAGCUAACAGGCUAUUCCUGAUAGUUGUUCGUUUUAAAACGGAAGAAUUUCCAGCUGGUUAUAUUUAUGUUGUUCGGGUAGGUGUUUAGGCUCGAACCUCAGUGGGAAAUGUAUCGCAGAGGACCGAGUAAAGUGGACAAACCGCCGAAGGAGGACGGCGCUAGCAGCAAGUACGCCGAGUUGCUGGUGUUCGGCUACGCGUGCAAGCUGUUUCGGGACGAUGAGAGGGCCACAUACCACGAGCAGGGCAAACACCUGAUCCCGUGGAUGGGAGACAACAAGCUCAUGAUCGAUAGAUACGACGGCCGUGGUCAUUUACAUGACCUUUCGGAGUACGACGCAGACUCGUGGAAUCAGAACUACCAGCUUUCUGAAGAAGAAGCGAGGAUCGAAGCUCUGUGCGAUGAGGAGAGAUACCUGGCCUUGCACACUGACCUACUGGAAGAGGAGGCCAGGCAAGAAGAGGAAUAUAAAAGGCUAAGUGAGGCUUUGGCUGAUGAAGGUUCCUACAACGCAGUGGCUUUCCGCUACAGUGCUGAUUACUAUGACCCCUCGCAGCCCACUGAGGAAGAGGACAAAGACAACGAGUCCGAUCCUCAGGAAGAAGGCGGCGAAGAGCCGUUCGUAGCCCCCCCCGGAUUGAUCAUACCCUCCGACGUAGAGCUGCCUGCGACCAUUAAGACCCACGCCAUCAUCGAGCGUACUGCUAACUUUGUGUGCAAGCAAGGGGCCCAGUUUGAGAUCGUGCUGAAGGCGAAGCAAGCCGGGAACUCGCAGUUCGACUUCCUGCGCUUCGACCAUUACCUAAACCCCUACUACAAACACGUUCUACGAGCCAUGAAGGAGGGACGAUACACACCCACCUCUGAAAGCAAACAGGACCAGACUCGGGAUUCCAAAUCAGGAAAUUCCGACGACGACGAUGAUGACGACGAUGACUGCGAUGGCAAUUAUCUCCAUCCCAGCUUGUUUGCAACCAAGAAGAACUCCCGUCUAGAGGAAAUAAUGAAGCCUUUACAGGUCAUGGACCCAGACCAUCCUUUGGCCGCACUAGUUCGCAAAGCAAAGCAGGAGAAGAAUGGGAACAUGGCCAUCACCCCCAAGCCCGAGGAAGCGGUUGCAGCACAAGUGCCCCCAACAGAGUACACCACUGAUCCAAACAUGGCAGCGCUGUAUUAUGGGUAUUGCGUGCUGCCCGAUGGGACAUACUGCCUGGCACCACCACCACCUGGCAUCGAUGCCAGCGCCUAUUACAACUCGAUGCCUGCUGGCAUGAUGCCCACUCACUCAGCGUCCCCAGCUCCUCCACCCCCGGGAACCACACCUCCUCCACCUGACUCUGCCGUUACGGUCCCAUCAGCUCCAACAGCUGCUCCCGCUCUACCCCCUGCGCCCGCUCCCAUGGCUCAUGCUGCACCUUCUGCUUUCUACAGUUCAAGCUCUUCCACUACACAGACGAGCGUUAGCCAGACGACUUCUUCGGCCGCAGCGAUCAUCCCUCCGCCACCAGACAUCCAGCCUGUGAUCGAUAAGCUGGCUGAAUACGUAGCCAGAAACGGCGUAAAGUUCGAGAGCAGCGUGCGUGCUAAAAACGACCCACGGUUUGACUUCCUCCAGUCUUGGCACCAGUACAACACUUACUAUGAAUUCAAGAAGCACUACUUCAUGCAGAAAGAAGCCUCAAACCAGCCUCAGGGCUCUGCAGUCCAUAAGGGUGGCAGCACUGCAAGCUGUGCCUCUGAAAAGGAGUCUAAUGAGGGCAAACUAAUUAAAGCAUCCUUUGCACCCAUCUGCUUUGCGAUAAAGUCCAAAGAGAAUGACUUGCUGCCUCUGGAAAAAAACCGCGUGCGUCUGGACGAUGACUCGGACGAGGACAGGGCGAGAGAGGAACAACAGGUGGGGGCGGAGCAUAGCAUGGGUGGGGUGGAGAAACAAAGUGAGGCUCCUCCUCCACAGCCUGAGGAGAAAAAGCCAACUCUUUCGCAGGAAGAGUUGGAGGCCAAGCAAGCCAAGCAGAAGCUAGAGGACCGUUUGGCAGCUGCAGCACGUGAGAAGUUGGCUCAGGCCUCCAAAGAGUGGAAGGAGAAGCAGCUGCAAGCCGAACGCAAACGGAAGGCCGCUCUGUUUUUGCAGACGCUGCGUGGUCCCGAAGCUGAGCUCAAACAAGCCGACGAGUCUUUCACUCUUCCCGAGCAAGAGAUGUCCUCCAUCCCAGCUGGGCACGUCAUCCAGAUGCCACUUUCUGAAUAUCCGCCUCCAGACCCCUCCGUGAGGCACACCGAUCCCCCUGCUACCAACCUGCCUCUGUCUUCUUCAGCCACCUCUUCCUCUGCUCGAGAGCGGGACCGGAAUAGAGAUCGAGAUAAGAAGAAGAAAAAACACAAAAGAAGGUCGCGGUCCAGGUCGCGGUCCAGAUCCAAAGCUAAGCACUCGCUACCGAGUGCAUACCGCAGCUAUAAGAGAGCCAGAUCCCAAUCCCAUUCUCCCAGCAAGAGAGAGCGGCAUCGUGAGGAAAGAGAAAGGGAAAGAGAGCGUUUUGGAGGCAGCACCUAUCGCAUUGGCAACAGCCCAAGCCUGGGAAGGAAGCGGUCGAGGUCCAGAUCCAGAUCACCUCACGAAAGGAGAAAGAAGAGGUCCUCAAAAUCAGUACAUCACUCAAGGGGUUCCUGCAAUUCACCCACAGCCUCAUCAGACAGGAGUAGAGCAAUAAGGAAAGUCUCCACCCACACCGCUAGCUCCUCCCCUACAUCUAGCCCAACAUCUAGCUUAAGGAGCUCCAGGGACGCAUCCCAGGAAAAAGACAAGCAGGUGUCGUCGACCAUUAUUUCUUCAGUUCAGACCAAAAUCACUCAGGACCUCAUGGCAAAAGUACGAGCAAUGCUGGCCAAAGGCCUGCAGCCCAACCCAUCCUGAGAGGUGUGG